AUGAUCAAACAGUAACAGACAGAAGACGCCAGUGGUAAUCUGAAUGAAUCAGUUUGGCAAACCAGUUGGAAGAAUCGGAUAAUUCAGAGGUUUGAGGGAGGUCAAGACGUGUAAUCUUGCGUUUGGACGAACACAGACGAAGGGAUAGGGAGACCUGGAGAUUAACGGUGUGUAAAAGUUUAAGAAAUGCUGUCUAAGAUUAUCUCAACUGUAUAUUGGGUACUGUGGGUCAGUUCUUGUGCUGUCAAUGCGGCUGAGGAUCCACACAUGACCAGAGCUCUGAUGCUGAUGUCUGAGACCCCGCUCAUCGAUGGCCAUAAUGAUCUGCCUUGGCAACUCCGCAAGCAAUUCAACAACGAGCUCAACAAAGUGGAUCUUAACACGCUCAAUACAACACAUACCAACAUCCCUAAGAUCAAGAAGGGUCGGCUGGGAGCUCAGUUCUGGUCGGCUUACGUUCCCUGUGACACUCAGUACAAAGAUGCUGUCCGACAAACACUGGAGCAGAUAGAUGUGGUUCACAGGAUGUGCCAAAAAUACCCAAACGACUUCAUGUUUGCCACCACUAGCCAAGACAUUAUGGACGCCUUCGCGAUGAAUAAGACAGCCAGUCUGAUUGGUGUGGAAGGGGGUCACUCCAUCGACAGCAGUCUGGGUACCCUGCGCACCAUGUACCACCUGGGGGUCCGCUACCUUACACUCACACACUCCUGCAACACACCAUGGGCCGAUAAUUGGCGCGUUGACACUGGAUCAGAGCCAUCUCAACAUGAUGGCCUGUCUCCAUUUGGCAAGCAACUAAUUGUGGAAAUGAACCGUCUGGGGAUGCUGAUCGACCUGGCUCAUGUGACUGAAAAAGUGAUGAACCAGGUGCUGGACAUGUCUAAAGCUCCGGUCAUCUUCAGCCACUCAUCUGCCUACAGUAUCUGUAAACACAAGAGGAAUGUCCCAGAUGAUGUUCUCAGGAGAGUGAAAGAAAAAAGAGGAAUCGUCAUGGUGAACUUCUACAACGACUAUGUGACCUGCAGCAAGACCGCCACCCUCUCAGAUGUUGCUGAUCACUUUGAACAUAUAAAGAAGGUGGCUGGGGCAGAGAUUGUUGGUUUUGGUGGAGAUUAUGACGGGGUUACGAGACUACCAGAGGGUCUGGAGGAUGUCUCCAAAGUACCCAGUCUGGUGGCUGAACUGCUGAGAAGAGGAUGGACUAAUGAGGAGGUCAAAAAUGCUCUGGGAAACAACCUGCUCCGUGUCCUAAGAGAGGUUGAGGAGGUCAGUGGCACUCUGCAGGGCACUCUGAGUCCAGAUGAUGUGCCUAUUCCAUACGACGAGGUGAAGACCCCGUGUAGGACGAGCUACGGCUACACCAACAGUGGAGCGGCCCAUUCAUUCAGCACACUGGCUCUGCUGCUCACACUGGCUCUCCAGGCUCUUAUGGCAUUACCAGCUUGAUAGGCUGCUUGUCAUUACUGCCAAGUGUCUGUGCGUUCUAAUAAAAUCUGAAAAUUACUUUUAAUUAAUUUCAGCAACUUGUUUCUUGUCUGAUUUUAAUGGUUUGUGCAAGUUAACUUAAAAAAAUGACCCAAAAAAAAGUGACUUACAACAAUGUUAUAAGUAUCAUAACAAAGACGGCAGCACAGUGUAUUCAUCUGUUUUAUCCCACAAUAAGAAUGUCAGGAAGAGGCUGCUGUGGGCAAAUGUGAUGAUAAUGGCAUACAGACAAACAUCAUCAGUGUACAGACACUCUCAAAGGAAGGACUUCAGUACAUGUCCAUAUUUCUGAGAAGAGCUCCAGAGAGUAACAUCCAAGAGAUACACAACAUCCCUGAGGCUUCUUGUUAUCUAUUUAUAUAUUAUUUAUGUAGGUUAUGUAGGUAUUUUACCAGGUAUUACAUGUGUGGCACCAUGAUGAGAUAGAAACGAGUCAAUGUUUCUUAGUUAAUACAGUUUUCACAUGACAAGGACAAACAGCAGUACAGAAGGUAUGUUUCUCCGACCUUCAGGACCUUCAGUGAGCAAACAGAGGUGCUUUUAUGUUGGCCGAAGGUGAAAUUAUAGAUCUAUAUAAUGGCUUCUCGUGAAGGCCAAUCAAGUAGUAUGUUUUUUCUCUCCCAUCACACACACACACACACACAAAAACAAACACAGAAACCUUGAAGCGUUCAACAUCCUUUCAGAUUUUGCGAGAUGUAAAGACUGUGAACAACAGUGUCCUCAAUGUUUAAUGAAAAAUAUAAAAACAUGAAAAAAAGAGAACACUGUUUGAUUAUAUCAGACAGUUUAAUGCCGUCUAGUUAACGCUGGAUCUGUUCUGCACUACAGAACCUACUGCUAUAUGUCCAAGGACAUUUGCAACGUUCAUCUGCUUCUUUCAGUUUCAGUGUAACAUAAAGUGGUUUAUAGAGUAGACAAACACGUCAGGCACAUGAGUUUAUGAUCAUCUGGUUGGUAUCUGCUGUUUCUCACACAUAUCACAUCCCAACAUGUGACCAAUACUUCCAAGUGAAGUAUUUGGAAUAACUUUAGUUUAAGUUUAAUUUAGUUAAGUUUAGUAGUGGCACAAGGAAGCAUGACAAACACCUAAGGAAUAUCUGUCAUUGCAUUCAAUGACCAGUGCUUCAUUCAGCGCCCUCUUUGCGUGCUUCACCGGUAUAACAGUCUACAACAACGGUUCUUACCAGCCUUGUGUGCUCCUCAGGAUGGACGACUGCUGGUGAAUCAGAUGGACAGGCUUAAUUGAAACUGCAUGAGUUACUAAUAAAUGGACAAAGGGCUGCUUCUCACAUGAUCCACAGCAGCCGCACAGUUGAGUGAGCUUCUCUGGUGAAAACAACCC